AUGGCUCACGAUGCCAGAGCGGAGCACGCGGAGCACGCGCGUGCUGAAUUUGGAGCUGUUGCAGAGUGCACAAUGGGAGGCGCGGCGCCACUCGUUGCGGGACGGGUUCAGCGCGCGCGCGGCCGUCAGCUCCGCUGCGAUGCCGUGAGCUUCGGCACUGUGGUCAAGCUUUGCAGCAAAGACUUGCAAUGGCAGCAGAGUCUAGGCUGCUUGAACGAGGUGGCCUCCCGCGCCGUCCGCCUGCGCGGCGCCGUGUUGGUCAACGGGGUUCUGAGCACGCUGUCGGGAGCGGCUCGUUGGGCGGCGGCACAGGAGCUGGUGGCUCAAGGCUUCACAUCUUUGCGGUGUAGUGUGAUCACAGCGAACAGCUUGAUGAGCACGUACCAGCGUGCACAGCAGUGGCCCAGGGCCUUCGCAGCCUCGCGACACAUGGCGCAGCGGGCGUUGGGCUUGGACGUGGUGACGCAGAAUGCCCUCAUUCACUCCUCCUGGCGCCUUGGUUUGGCCUACCGACGCCUGACCCACCCCACGGCAGUGACCUUGGGGUCGUUGAUCUCAGCACCGAACGAGGACACGGCCAAGCGGCCGUCGGUGUGGGGGCGCUGCUUGCAGUUUUUUGCUCAGGUGAGACACUUCGCCUUGCAGCUGAGCGUCGUGCUGUGCAAUGCUGCCCUGACCGCCUGUGAGAAAGGAUGCAGGUGGGCUUUGUCAUUGGCUUUGAUGUCUUCCUUCGGUGUGCAGCGCGUGCAGCCAAACGCGGUGUCCCUCAGCGCGCUGGGCAGUGCCCUGGGCGAGUCCGACCGGCACAGCUCGACGAGUCCGAGUCUCCGUUGGAGGGCGUCGCUGGAGCUGGUGGAGUUGGCCCCCAGCAUGCGUCCCACAGGCUCAAGGAUGAGAUCUGCCGCCACGGCCACCUUCAAUGUCGCCAUCAGCGCUGUAGGAGAUGUACGGCACUGGGCCCAGAGCUUGCAUUUGCUGGAGCGCCUGGUGAUGUGUCGCUUGUCGCCCAGUUCCACCACGGUCACCGCGGUGCUGUCCGCCGCGGGGGCGCAGGCACAGCAGCUGGUGAGGCGCUUGUGCCACGAGGUUCGCCCCGACACCUUUCACCUCAAUGCCCUCCUGGGCGCGCACCAACGCCGCGCUGCCUGGGCCUUGGCGCUCCAAGCCGCGCGCGGCGCGAGGUCCUCAGCCGAUGAAGUGGGCGCGCGUGCGGUCUGGGGCGCUUUGCGCUUGCAGAGCUGGAGGUGGUCCCUGGAGCUGCUGGAGUGGUUUGGAGCCAAGGAGGUGGCCACCUUCACCAGCAUCAUUGAUGGCUGUCAAGAUGCCUGGCGCGUGGCUACUCAGCUCUUCCACCAGUUGCUCGACUUGGGCCUUCAACCCAACCUCGUGGCCAGCAAUGCGCUCCACGCCAGCUGCGCCUUCUCCACAGCCUGGCUCCAAUCCUUACACCUCCUGCGCUGGACACGUGCGCGUCAAGUGCCCGACCUGCUCACGGCCACUUCUGCUCUGAGCGCGCUUCGGGGAGGAGGUCCACAGCGUUGGACGCAGGUGACGACUUUGUUCAGCCACCUGCGCCUUUGGCGCCUUUGCGCCAAUCAAGUGACCUUCCUGGCAGCUGCAGAGAGUCUGGCAGGUUGGCUGAGCCGGAUUGCCGGAGAAAAAAUGCUGGCCAAUGGGACCAAAGCCUUCUUGGGAUGUGGCUACUGCACGGAGGCCUUUCCAGAGAGGAAUCAGCUGGAAGUGCAUAUCAGGAUGAUCCAUCCAGGGUCUCCCUACCGCUCGGUGCCGGCGCCCUUGCCCCAGCGCGAGCACCGCCUUCAACAGGCUCCACAUGCAGCGAUCACCAAGAACUUCCCUUUGUCCGAAGUGAACCGGCACUGCAUUCCUGAAGAUUGCUGGGUGGCGCUGAACGGCAAGGUCUACGACCUCACGGAGUUCAUGGACCGACAUCCUGGCGGGCCCACCACCAUCCUGGCGUGGGCCGGAAAAGAUGCCUCGAAGUUCUUCAAUGACAUCCACAAAGGCGUGAAGAUCGACUCCUACCUACGACCCGAAGCCUUUCUGGGCGACCUCGGCGUGGACGAGAGCCUCAUGUCCGAGAGCUUUUGGCACACACUGCGGGAAGCGCGCAUUACGGAAGUCAAGGAGGAGCUGAACCGGAUCUUGGGGAAGACCGAGUUGCCCACACGGAGUGACAGCAUUGGCACAGUGCUGCAGGACAAGACCUUGGAUUUGGAGCUGAAGGCGAAGCUGCAGCGCAUGGAGACACAGAAACGUGCUGCGCUGGAUGCUGGAGAUUACGAGAAAGCCGCCAAGAUCAAGAAGGACGCGGACGAGAUCUUCCAAAAGCCGGUGGAGCUGAAGAAGUCGGGCGACAUCCCCUUGUCGGAGGUGGCGCAGCACAACAAACCCCACGACUGCUGGAUCGCGAUCAACAACACGGUCUACGACCUGACCGAUUUUCUGCAACACCACCCCGAGCAACGGAAUUCCAUCCUGGCCUGGGCGGGUCGUGACGCUACACCCAUGUGGGACAAAAUCCCUGGGCGCUUUCCCAGUAAGAACUGGAUGGAGUUCUACAUGCGGCCAGAGGCGGAAAUGGGCAAGGUGGCCGCUGAGGCCUCCAUGAGUGCGAAAGAGAAGGAGGUGGUCCAUUUGCUCACGGAGCUACACCGGCUCGAAGGGCCAUCGCAGGAGGAUAUCCAGGCGGCGAAGACGGCGGCGGCGAAAGUCCCCGGCACCGCCGACAUGCCCAAAGUGUCGGAGGCCGCGCGCUUUCCGAAGCUCAAAGACAUCACAGCCGGCAAGGAGUUCCCCUUCUUCUCCCGGGCCGAAGUGGCGAAGAAGACGGGGCCAGAGGAGCCUUUCAUGAUCAUCCACAACCGUGUCUAUGACUUGCGACCCUUGCUGGGAAACCAUCCGGGUGGUGAUGAGAUCCUCACCUCCAAGGCUGGCACAGACUGCACGAAGGAGUUCGAGGUCUUCGAGCAUUCGGAGAAAGCCCGAGUACGACGGGAUCAAGAGCUCCUGGUGGGCGACCUGCUGCCAGCUGAGCAUUUGGACUGGGAUGCAGAGGCCAAGGCUGAGGUGGCGUCCGGAGGCGACCGAACUGGCUCUGACUUGGCCUUGUACAUGAAAUACAAAGUCUUCGAUGCACUGGUGGCUUUCGUGUGCAUCUACAUCUACCGUACUUCCCAUCAUAUGAAGCCGCUGUCCUUGUUGACUUACAGUCGGGCGCUGCGGCACUUGCACCUCCUGAUGGCACUGGGCAUUUUUGGUGCCUUGGGCACCGCCCAGGCAGCGGCCUACUCCAACGGACAGAAUAAGAGGAAACUGUUGAUUCUGCACAAACAACUUGGUAUUGGGAUGCUGCUGGGCCUUGUGGCGCGCGCCUUGGUCCGGCUACGCUCGGGGAUCCCACCCAGAUUCCCGGGGAAUAAACUGGUGCAGAUGGUGGAGACCCAAAGCUUACGGUUCUUCUAUGCCAUCAUGCUAGCAUUGCCUCUGACGGGGAUGGCCAGUGAGUACUACUUGAAGUGGGCCUCUUCGGAAUCGCCCGAGGAUGACCGAAAGAACGACCAAGCAGCUCAAAACGCCAUCUCGCUCCACAAGUCCUUGGGCAAACUCUUCCAGUUCGCAUGGCUUCCGUUCCACUUGGGCUACACCACGCUCUACCACGCGUCCAAGGGGCGCGGAGUGGUGCGCAAAGUGAGUUGCUUGGUGUGUGACCAUUUGCGCAAAAAGCUGCUGGAGCUACGCACGAAGUCGGAGCAGCUUCAUCGAUUGCUUGGGCGCUUGGAGCAUGGCCUUGGAGCUGCUGCCUGGGAGGCCCAGUGGUCUGGGAGAGGUGCCAGGCACAGCGACCGGGUGCAAACGUGUGCUGUGCCGCCUUGCCCUGUGCCGUGUUCAACGCAUGUCCGGAGACUUGCACGGCUCGCGUAG